AUGGGGUGGCACAGAAGGGGAAAGCUCGCUCUUGAUCAUUUUCGCAGCUUGGCUUCAAGGAUUACGCCUCAGACUCCUAAUUUUCAGCGUAGUUCGAGGAUUUGCCAAUCUGGGUAUUUGGAUUUAUGGUCAAAAGGAGCUAUCUUUAAUGGGUUCUCUUCGUUUUGUUCAAUUUCUCAGAGACUAAGCAGGCGAGGUAGUGUUGGAGUUAAUAAGAACCUUCACAAUCCGUUUCUUUUUGGGGCUAAGAGAUUUUACUAUGUUGAUCCUUACAGUGUGCAGCAUUUCAGGCAAAGAGGGCCGAAGCGUUGGUUUCAGAAUCCUAGACAUGUUUUUAUUGUUGUGAUGGUUGGUUCGGGGGUUUUAAUCACUGUGUAUUUUGGGAACAUAGAAACAGUUCCUUACACCAAGCGAACCCAUUUGGUUCUGUUGUCGAAAACAAUGGAGAGGAAGCUUGGGGAGAGCGAGUUCGAAAAGAUGAAGGCUGGUUUUAAGGGCAAGAUAUUGCCUCCUAUACAUCCUGAUAGUCUGAGGGUGACAAUGAUUGCUAAGGAUAUAAUUGAUGCAUUGCAGAGAGGGUUGAGGAAGGAGCAGAUGUGGAGUGAUUUGGGGUAUGCAUCAGAGCAUGCUACGCUGGGAGUAGGAGAUGGAAGAGACACAUUGAAUGCAUUGGCUGCGGGGGGUGAUGAGAAGAUUGAAAGGAAUUGGCACAAGGAGGAUGAGAUUCUUGAUGACAAAUGGGUUCAUCAAAGCCGGAAAAAGGGCCAGGAAAAAGGUUCAGAGGCUGCUACAUCACAUUUGGAUGGAUUAAAUUGGGAGAUUUUGGUGGUAAAUGAGCCUGUUGUUAAUGCUUUCUGCCUACCUGGUGGGAAGAUAGUUGUGUUCACUGGUUUGUUUGAGCAUUUUAAAACUGAUGCAGAGAUAGCAACAAUUAUUGGACAUGAGGUUGCGCAUGCUGUUGCAAGACACAGUGCAGAGGGGAUUACAAAGAACCUGUGGUUUGCUAUUCUACAGUUGAUACUUUAUCAAUUUGUCACACCUGAUAUAGUGCACACAAUGUCAUCCCUCUUCUUACACUUACCUUUCUCCAGGCGGAUGGAAAUAGAAGCUGAUUACAUUGGACUGCUGUUAAUUGCAUCAGCUGGCUAUGAUCCCCGGGUGGCACCUAGAGUGUAUGAGAAGUUGGGAAAAAUUACAGGUAAUUCUACCCUUAGGGAUUAUCUCUCUACUCAUCCUUCUGGAAAAAAAAGAGCACAAUUGUUGGCCCAAGCUACAAUAAUGGAAGAAGCACUUGCUAUAUAUAGAGAUGUAAGAGCAGGACGUGGGGUUGAAGGUUUUCUUUAA